AGACAAAGAACUAUAUAAUAAUUUAUAUUAAGUUGAAUGGAGCUUCAAAAAUGCCUGUGAAGCCUGUGAAGGCUGUGAUUUAUAAUACAAGUGAAGGAAUAACGUAGCAAAAAUAACGUUGACUAUAAGCAGUUACAGGAAGCUAUGAAAUGUUAUAGAUUUGGUUGUAUUCACAUUGCAAAAUAUGCAGGUCUAUUACAUUUGUUUGGUUACAUGGGCCGUAUUCGAAAGCGUUAUUUCAACAUCGUGUUUAUUUGGAUGGGCUCAACUGUUGGAAAUACUUCAUAGCGAACAUUAUUUCGCGUCUUAUUGUGAAACUAAUGAGGCUGAUUCUAACAAAACUAUUUCACAAUUAAAAAACAGUAAUUCUUCCAUCGGCGACGAUGUCAGUGACACUUGUGCAAGACAAGACAGUCUUCUUAUAUUGGCCUAUACAUUAUCUGCUUUCGCAGGUUCUGUCUCAAUAUUUUUCGGUGGAAAGUUUUUGGAUGUUUUUGGCUUUACAAAGACAAGAGUAUUAACAUGCUUCAUCUAUCUACUGGCUGGUGGAACGAUGUUUAUGUCAACGUAUGAUUUACAUGAAUUGCUCUUUCCUGGUUUACUUCUAACUGUAAUUGGUGGAGGAUUUUUUACGGUAGUUUUAGUAAAGGUUUGUGGUGUUCUUCCUCAACGACGUUUUAUGGCUGUCAGUAUUAUAAAUGGAGCAAUUGAUUCAUCAGCAGUUGUCCUUCUUGUAUUCAAGUUGUGUUUCAACGCUGGGGUUUCGUUUAAAAUCAUAAUCAUCGUUUACUAUGUCUUUGUCGUUGGUCAAGGCAUGUUGUUCACGUUUACGAUAUUUCCUAAAGAUCUGCCGGAUGACAUUGAAGAACAUGUUAGGAAAUGUGAAAACAACAGCUCUACAAAUGAAAAUUUAGAACAGUUUACAAGUGAAAAUCCCUUUAUAUCUCGUGAAAUAGAGGAGAACGAAAAAGAACAGAUGCAAGACAAAACAAGCCUCUCCUCGAUAGUCAAAAGUACCAAGUUUGUAAUGCACACAUGUUUUGUUUCCAUCGCCCAUUUACGCUGCUUUUCUGUUAUUGGAAUGAUCAACUCCUUGUUGAAACGUUUGGCCCAUGAUUUUUAUGAAGUCGAUUACUAUCUCACAAUUCUUGGAAUUAUUCAAUUUUGCGGAAUUAUUCUCUCUUUUGUUCCUGGAUUUCUUCUUGAUUGGGCUCCAGCUGGAAGACAUCGAAACUUUUCAGUUAUUUUGUCUUUCAUACUCACGGGAUUGAUUUCAAUUCUUUUGACUGUUGGUCUUUUGAUACCAGUUCUUGAAUUUCAGGUUUUUAAUUUUUUUCUCUACGCUCUUCUGAGAUGCUUUUUAUAUUCUACACACGGGUCAUUUGUAAUGAAAGAGUUUCCUUUAUAUCAUGCUGGUGCCUUGUUUGGUCUAAGUCUCUUAGUUUCAGCUGUGGUUUCUUUGUUUCAAAUACCAAUGUUUGCUUUGAUGGAGGGACCGUAUGGCGGUGAUCCAACUUGGGUGAAUGCUGGUUUGUUAGUUGUUCAAAUGGUAGUGAUGGUUCAUCCAAUAUAUUUAUGGAAAUGCGCCGGAACAAUAUCAAACCAUUAUCCAGAUCAAGUGGAUCUAAAAACUGUUAAUCCAUAAAAAUAAUAUAUUUUAUGAAAUAAUAUACUUAGGUUCUUUAAGAGGGUUGGGGGGGAUUUUUAAUUGGGACCAAAAUGACAGGUAUAUUUUUACUGGGUCCAUGGUACAAUAAUGUAUUAAUUUAUAUAAAACACCAUCAUUUCACAUAAAUUUGCACCAUCAUUUCACAUAAAAUUAUACUUAAUUAGACGUACGGUAACUACUACCAUGUUUUUAAUCACAGAUACAACUUGUGUUUCCCGCUUCUUGCAACGUCCCUGUAGCGACCAAGGCAUUUCAUAAACAGCUUUGCGCUCGAAAGUAAUUUCCUAGGUAACCAAAUUCCUUUUACAUCAAAGCCCAGAUGGGUAAUAUGUUAAAAUACGCAAAAAUACGCAAAAAUGUUAUGAAAAUGAAAACUGAUAAAUUAUGAACUUUUUACAAUCUCACAUGUGAAAAAAAUUUCAAUAUAUGAAAUUUACUUUUCACAUGUGAAGGUGAAAUUUCAUAUGUAUCAGCUUUUAAUUAUUCAUAUGUGAAACAAAUUUCACAUGUGAAGCUGGCAUUUCAUAUAUGAAAUUUAUUUUUCACAUGUACAGGUGAAAUUUAAUGACAUGAAUGGUUACCAUUUAAAUCAUUUUAUU